AUGGCGUUUCCCUAUUCUUCUUGCAAACAAAAAUCAACAUUUCUCACCUUUCUUCCUCUGCUUCUGCUAAUUUCUUCCUCAGUAGCUGACCUCUCUUUCAACUUCUACGCCGGUUCAUGUCCCGGAGCUGAGUUCAUCGUCAGGAACACCGUCCGAUCUGCUUCAACCACUGAUCCAUCAGUCCUUGGCAAGCUCCUCCGUCUCAUCUUCCAUGACUGUUUCGUCCAGGGCUGCGAUGCGUCAGUGUUGAUUCGAGGGAACGGUACAGAGAGAAGCGACCCCGGGAACGCGUCUCUUGGAGGCUUCACCGUGAUAGAAAGCGCUAAAAACGUCCUUGAAAUCUUCUGUCCGGGGAUAGUCUCAUGCGCUGAUAUUCUUGUUCUUGCUGCUAGAGACGCCGUUGAAGCUCUCGGUGGACCGGUCGUCGCGAUACCGACAGGGAGAAGAGACGGGACAAUCUCAGUUGCGGCAAAUGUGAGACCAAACAUCAUCGAUACCGAUUUCACAGUUGAUAAAAUGAUCAAUGUAUUCACCUCUAAAGGCUUAUCUGUUCAAGAUCUUGUUGUUCUCUCAGGAGCGCACACUAUUGGAGCUGCGCAUUGCAACACAUUCAACAGCAGGUUUAAGAGAGAUCCUAGAGGCAAUCUCGAGCUUAUAGACUCGUCUCUUGACAACUCCUACGCGCAAACGCUUUUAAACAAGUGUUCGUCGUCGAUGGAUCCUACGACUACGGUAGUGAACAACGAUCCAGAGACGUCAUCGACGUUUGACAAUCAGUACUAUAGGAACUUGCUGGCGCAUAAGGGUCUGUUUCAGACGGAUUCGGCUCUAAUGGAAGAUGAUCGGACGAGGAAGAUCGUCGAGGUUUUGGCGAGCGAUGGGGAGAGUUUUUUCGAGAGAUGGAGUGAGUCUUUUGUGAAGAUGAGUGUGAUGGGUGUGAGAGUUGGUGAAGAUGGUGAGAUUAGACGUUCUUGUUCUGCUGUUACUUAA